UAACCAAUAGAAACUUCUUAUAACCUACGCAGUUUCUAACCAGUUUCCUUUUCCACCAUCAACACCACUUUUUCUCUCUUAAAUUUCUUUCAAUAAACCAUAUAAUAAUAGAUUCUAGGAAAUUCACCUUGACUUUGCAUCAUCCUUUUCUCUUAUACCUUUCAUAUAAAUACUUAGCCAAAGUUGUAUUUUUUAAAUCAUAAUAUCACAUAUUCAUCAAACAAUCAAAAACACUAAUAUUUUGAAUCUCUUGUUCUUUCUUUUUUUUGUUCUUUUUUUGAGAUGAUGAAAAGUGAGAUAAACAUGCUUGGUGUUAACAAUCAUGUUAUGAAGGGAAAAAAGCAAAGCAAAAAGAACAAAAAAGAGGUAAAAGUUACAUAUAUUUCAAGUCCUAUGAAAGUGAAGACUAGUGCUUCAAAUUUUAGAGCACUUGUGCAAGAGCUCACAGGUCAAGACUCAAAUGUUGCUGAUAUGUUUGUGGAAGUUAAUGAUUUUGUUCAUGUUGAUGAUGUUCAAAAUCAACAAAAAAAUUCAAUUGAACAAUGGAGUAGUGAUAAUAAUUCUAGUGAAGGUUUUAUGCCUGAUUACUCUACUUGGAUGAAACUUGAAGAUGAUUACAAUUUGAGAUCCUCAAUGGAGCCAUUAAAUGGACAACUUCAAUAUGAUUUUUUGAGUUUUGAUAUGAUAUAGAUAUAGAUAUAUCGUGAAAUGUAUACAUACUUGUAUAUAAUAUAGAUAUAGAUAUACAUAUAAAGUAGAGAAUAGAAGAUAAGGGAUCUGGCACGCUGCAGUAAGGGAUUCUCCACAUUCACGUCGUCGGAACAUCCGUGAUCGUUCAAUCUAAAUCGGAUGAUAUAGAAUCAAGUUCGAUAUUUGAAUUAUAAAAAUAAACACUUCAUUUUUUGGACUGUCCAAUUUUGAUCAAAUGGUCACCGAUGUUCCGACAGCAUGAAUGCCGAGAAUCGGAGAAUGUAAUCUUUAUAUGAGAUUUUGAUGGUUUAAAGUAAGCAGUUUAUUUUAAUCAACUAUUGGUAUCAAUCACAUGGACAUUAGAAAUGUAUUGAAAUAUCGACCGGUAUUUUUUUCAA